AUGGGAAGCCUGCAGCAGCAGCAGGAGCAGCUUGGAGGUAGCAGACGGAUAGCAGCCGUGGACGCUUCUCCUCCGCCGCCUGUCCAAAAUGCGGACUCAAAGCAACAGAAACAACCUGCGGGUUGGAGGAAGCUUUUGGCAUUUAUAGGUCCUGGUUUCCUGGUUUCCUUGGCUUACCUUGAUCCUGGAAACUUGGAAACUGAUCUCCAAGCUGGAGCUAACCACAGAUAUGAGCUGCUGUGGGUGAUUCUCAUUGGGCUCAUCUUCGCCCUCAUCAUUCAGUCCUUGGCUGCAAAUCUUGGCGUGAGCACAGGUAAACACCUUUCGGAAUUGUGUAAAGCGGAGUAUCCAUGGUUUGUCAAGUACUGCUUAUGGCUAUUGGCCGAGCUUGCCGUUAUAGCCGCAGAUAUCCCUGAAGUGAUUGGCACCGCCUUUGCUCUCAACAUACUCUUCCAUAUCCCCGUGUGGGCUGGAGUUCUAUUGACUGGUUUGAGCACUCUCUUGCUUCUGGGUCUCCAAAGAUUCGGGAUAAGGAAGCUGGAAUUGCUGAUAUCAACGCUAGUGUUUAUUAUGGCGGGAUGUUUCUUCGGAGAAAUGAGCUACGUAAAGCCACCAGCUUCUGGGGUUCUCAAAGGCAUGUUUGUGCCGAAACUAAGUGGUCAGGGAGCCACCGGCGACGCCGUUGCCCUUUUCGGUGCUCUUGUCAUGCCGCACAACCUUUUUCUCCACUCUGCUCUCGUCCUCUCUAGAAAAAUCCCCAAUACCGUGCGUGGCAUCAAUGACGCUUGUAGAUAUUUCCUAAUAGAAAGUGGGAUUGCACUCUUCAUAGCGUUUCUAAUCAAUGUGGCAGUAAUCUCUGUCUCUGGCACUGUUUGUGCUUCCCCCAACCUUUCUCACGAAAAUGCAGAUCAUUGCAGCGAUCUCACUCUUAACUCUGCUUCUUUCCUUCUCAAGAAUGUUCUGGGACGGUCCAGCUCGACCAUUUAUGCCAUCGCACUGCUAGCCUCGGGCCAAAGCUCUGCUAUCACUGGCACAUAUGCAGGGCAAUUCAUUAUGCAGGGUUUCUUGGACUUGAGGAUGAAAAAAUGGAUUAGGAACCUGGUGACUCGGACUAUUGCCAUAGCUCCUAGUCUUAUUGUCUCCCUUAUUGGUGGAUCAUCUGGGGCUGGACGGCUCAUCGUCAUCGCCUCGAUGAUACUUUCAUUUGAGCUUCCAUUCGCUCUGAUCCCACUGCUCAAGUUUAGCAGCAGCAGCACCAAGAUGGGUCCUCACAAGAAUUCUAUAAUCAUCAUCAUCAUAUCAUGGAUUCUGGGGGCAGGGAUAAUCGGAAUCAAUGUGUAUUACCUAAGUACAGGGUUCGUGGGUUGGCUAAUUCACAGCCUACCAAAGGUGGCGAAUGUGUUCAUUGGGAUCAUAGUUUUCCCCUUGAUGGCAAUUUACAUUGCAGCGGUGAUAUAUUUGACCCUAAGAAAAGACACUGUGAAGACAUAUAUUGAGACGAAGGACGACCCAACAGUACAGACCCACAUGGAAAAGGGGUUCGUAAAUCCUGAUAAUGGCCAGUUGCAGUUGGGUCAUGCUCCCUACAGAGAGGAUUUAGCCGACGUCCCAUUCCCUGAAUAGGCCACUCCUAAUUCCAAUCGUCGCUUUAC